AUGCAUAACUCGCAUAUUCUGAUAGUCGGGGCUGGAACGUGGGGUGCUUCGACUGCGCUGCACUUGGCGCGACGAGGAUAUACCAAUGUCACGGUUCUGGAUGCGUAUCCGCAGCCAUCUGCUAUCUCGGCGGGGAACGAUGUGAACAAGAUUGUCUCAUUCAUGAAACCUCCAGCCGACGACGACCCGGACUACGCCAAUCGGACCUUCUUCGCCGCCCUGAGCCACGGCUUCCAGCACGACCCGAUCUUCAAGCCACACUUCCACGAAACCGGCUCCAUCACAUCCGCCUUCUCCCCGGACGGCCUCAAGCACAUCCAUCGCCGUGACCGCCCCGGAGACGAGGUCGUCGAACUGAACACGCCCGACGACUUCCGACAGGCUUUCCCCACAGGGAUCCUCACCGGCCCUCUCCCAGGGUGGAAGGGGUACUGGAAGAAGAAAGGCGCGGGCUGGGUGCACGCGCGCAAUGCCCUCCUAGCAGCCAUCACCGAGGCGCAGCGCCUCGGCGUGCGCUUCAUUGGCGGCGACCCGCAAGGAAAGGUCGUGCGGCUACUCUUCUCUUCCGCAUCUGCAUCCGACCACCCCCAGCGGGCUGGGGACGUGAUCGGCGUCGAAACCGCCGACGGCACGCACCACCACGCCGCCAAAGUCAUUCUGGCCGCCGGCGCCAACGCCGACCACUUCCUCGACUUCCAGAAACAGCUCCGCCCCACGGCCUGGACGCUCGCGCACAUCCGGCUGACCCCCGCCGAGGCCGCCGCCUACCGCAACCUCCCGGUGCUCUUCAACGCCGACCAGGGCUUCUUCAUGGAGCCCGACGCCGAGCACCACGAUCUGAAGAUCUGCGACGAGCACCCCGGCUACUGCAACUGGGUCUACGACAACCCCGCCGACAAGCCCCACAGCGAGCGGCGCAGCGUCCCCUUCGCCCGCCACCAGAUCCCGGUAGAGUCCGAGGCCCGCAUCCGCGGCCUGCUCCGCGCGACGCUGCCGCAGCUGGCGGACCGGCCGCUCGCGUUUGCGCGCAUCUGCUGGUGCGCUGACACCGUCGACCGCAAUUUCUUGAUUGAUUACCACCCCGACCAUCCGUCUUUGUUGCUGGCGGUGGGCGCCUCGGGCCGCGGGUUCGCGCAUAUCCCGUCCAUUGGGGGCUCUAUUGUGGAUCGGUUGGAGGGGGUUUUGGACGAAAGGUUGGCAAGGACGGUGCGGUGGCGGCCCGAGUUGGCGGUUGGUCGCGACUGGGAUGAUACGUUGAAUCGGUUUGGGGGGGAGUAUCGCGUUAUGGAUUUUGGGGAGGUCCGGGGGUGGACGGAUAUUGUGGAGGGGUGA